UGAUGAUGAUAUGACAGUUUAGGAUAAUCAUAACAAACUAGUUAAUUUACAUUACAUACUAAAUGUUAUGUUAUCAUAAAAAUAUUAUAUAUAUUAUUAAUAAUAAUUAACAUUACUUCAGUUUCCAAUUAUUGUUAAAAUGUCAUCUCAACCAUCCAAAAGAAUUGAAAGGUUAUGCGGUUUAUGUGAGAACAAUUCAAGCAAAUAUUGUUGCCCUCGUUGCGAAGUAUUUUAUUGCUCACUUGACUGUUACAAGUCUGAAAAGCAUUUGGAAUGUUCAGAGAAUUUUUAUCGAGAAUGUGUGAAUCAAGAACUUGCUUCGAACACGGCGGACGAUGAAGCUAAAAACAAAAUGAUAGAUAUUCUAAAAAGGAUGCACAAUGAAAGCUUUGACAAUGAUUUAGAAAACAUAGAAGAACCAGUAGAGAUUGACUCGGAUGAUGAUUCUGAAAUUGAUUUGCAUACAAGGAUCAAAGAUUUGAAUUUAGAUGAUCCAGAUGCACUUUGGAAUGCACUCACAUCUGAUGAAAAGAAUGAAUUUGAGGCCAUGCUCAGUCAGGGUGAUGUUGGGACUAUAAUUCCGCAGUGGCAACCUUGGUGGCUGUUCAGAAAGGAAAAGAAACUGGUUGAAGAAGUAGAUCUUAAUGGUGAAAAGGAAGCACUUGAAAGGUGUCCUACAAUUAAAACAGUCCCUAAAUUUAGUUCGCUAACUAGUAUUCAGCCUUCGCCAUCAAUAAGGUUUAAUAUGGUAAAUAUCAUAGCCGCAUAUGCCUUUGCUAUAAGAUAUGUUAAUGGGGAAAUUAAUCAUAUAGAAAUAUGCACAUAUAUUCUUGAAGUGUGCAGUAAUCUGAAAACUAAUACUAAUUUUGAGGAUGCUGAACUCGCCAUUGAGUCUGUCGCACAAAUGUGUAUACAAAAUGAAUAUAUAGACACAGACGAAGCAAGUUUGAAUGUAAUGAGGCAUGACACCUUCCUUAUCCUACAAGGCCCAAGUGAAGAAAACCAUUUACAUUACAGUAAAACAGCUUUCUCACAUCUCUUAGAUAUUUUCAUUGAAGCUAAGACUCAGAAGAAGAGAAAUAAACCUAAAGAGAGUAAAACAAAUGGUAAUUUUUCUAGAAAAUUUCCCCAAUACAAUAAAAGCCAUUUGCCUGAUAUUGAUACAGCUACAAUUAAAAAGGUCAUAAAGAAACUGGAAUACUAUCUGGCAUACUUAGAGAGCUGCAAUAAUAAGGCGGAGUAAAUUGUUGUUAUCAUUGAAAUUAAUAGCGGGCCAAUAAUUUAUUCCACAAUUAUGAAAUGGAAGAGAAGAAUUUUGUGAUCAAAUUCAUUGAAGAAGAUGUUAUAUAGCUUUCCCUUAAUAUAAUAAACAGAUACGAAAUCAGUUUUA